UCAGCCUGAGGAGUGAGCGCAUGUACCAGAAAAGGACUGACGGGGGGUCUGAUCAAACGUACUGUACGCAGCUCCGAACCACGGUCCCCUUGCAUUUUAGCAGCCGUGAAGAGAAUCGGCGUUUGUGACGCAAACUCUAUUUUGUCGCCGCGUGUCGUUCGAGAGUUGCGAGUUUAAACGUUAAGAACGUAAUCAGACGCCCCUCCCUCCCUCGCCUCGUCGAAGCAUUUCGGCGACUUUUCCCGAGCGCGAGGACUCGGCGGAGGAGAGGCUCGCGAACUGUGCCCUGCUAAAAAGGCUCAUAAAUUAGGGAAGACAUGGUGGAUUAUUAUGACAUUUUGGGUGUAUCGCGAAAUGCCUCUUCUGAAGAUAUCAAAAAGGCGUACAGGAAGCAGGCGCUACGGUGGCACCCAGACAAGAAUCCAGACAAUAAGGAGGAAGCCGAACGGAAGUUCAAGGAGCUAGCCGAGGCUUACGAAGUUCUUUCUGACAGAGACAAGCGAGAGGCUUACAACAGGUAUGGCAAAGAAGGCCUCUUCAGCUCAGGCUCCUCCAGUCCAGCAGACUACCCAGGCUUCACCUUCACAUUCCGAAGCCCAGAAGAAGUGUUCAGAGAGUUUUUCGGCGGCGAGGAUCCGUUUGCUAGCUUCUUUGAUGACUUCCCCUUCAGCAGGAUCCGAGGACAUUCGGGGGCCUCGCGAUUUGGACCAAGUCGUUUCUUCUCCUUCCCCUCUGCUGGAGUGGACUUCACCUCUUUUUCUUCUUCCAUGGGAGGAAUGGAUGAUAUGGGGGGAAGCUUUGGAAACUUCAAGUCCGUCUCUACUUCCACACGUAUUGUUAAUGGGAAACGCACCACUACUAGAAAAAUCAGAGAGAAUGGCCAGGAGAGAACAGAAAUUGAAGAGGAUGGAGUCUUGAAAGCUGUUUUAAUCAAUGGUGUGGAGGAUGAGAUGGCCCUGGCCUUAGAGCUGAGCCUUAGAGAUCAGCAGCAGAUGCAGCAACCGCGCCUGCAGCACCGGUCCGGCUCGGAGCACUCCGGUUUCCGUGCCCAGGCUCCAGCUCAGCGGUCCUACAGCUCUGCGCCUUUUUUCUCCCACCCUGAGGAUUUUGUGGAUGAUGAGGAUGAUGAAGCCCUGCAGAUGGCCCUCGCUUGCAGCUUAUCAGAGGCGGACGCACAGAGAAGAGCUGCAUCUGCAGACAUGAUUUCAGGUGCCGGGGAUGGGACCGGGAAGCAGGGAGGCUGGGCUAGGGAACAGAGGGCUGGGGACAGAUACAAAAAUGGGGAGGUAUUCGCUGAUCAGUAUACAGCACGCAACGGGGGAACGAAAGCCGCGGCACCUGUCGAGAAGAGGGCCGCAAAGGGUAUCGGUCUCCCGGCAUUUCAACGGGGGCAGAGCGCCAGUUAUCCAUCCGAGAACAAGAAAUGCAGGUGUGUGGUGUGCUGACAUGCAUGGAGGACACAGCCCUCAUGCAGCAAGGUAACUUCCUGCUGCUGUGUGCCAUAGCUGCGUGAUUGUUCAAGGAGUUUGUCGGGAUGCAAGGGAGCCGCUAAUAACGAAAACAUCUUGCAUGUAAAUGAUUACUGAGUGGGUGGAAGGGAUCCAGUCACCUUGUCAUCUUGCACUUAGUGAACUAUGCCUUUGCCUCCUGCAUCCCAUUAAUCUUGCGCUGGUCUUUGUUAUGGGUGAAUAUGGUGUACCCUAUAGUGAAUACUUUCUAAUAAUUUAUACAUGAGAAAUCAAGCAUGAGCUAUGAAAACUGCUCAGUUGUUGUGUGAACUUAUGUAUCCACUUUGUUCCUGCUGUGUGCUAUAAUUUACCGCAAUGUCUAUGUACAUGUUCUUGUUUGGAAUGGAAUCAUUCUUCAAUCUCAACUCUAGCAUGUGUGUUACAACACAGAAACGGAGCCCUAGUCCCUGUGGGCUGUGUUAUGCUGCUGUUUAGUCUCAGCUGUCAUUCUGAAGUAGUUACCUGGAUAGCAUCACAACAUGAUAUUUUAGGUGUCACACGUGUUUCUGCAGGUUUGAAUUUUGAAACCCACAUUCCAGUCCUCAAAAGACCACUGCGAUACUGAGUAUUAAUAUGGUGAUGGAGUUUCUGUGUCACCUGCAGAAAGUGCAGUAAUGCACAAUUGCUGCUGUUAAGCAGCUGUGCCAAGGAUGGUGUUGAUUUUGCUGAUUGUAGUGUGGUAUUAUGAAAAACAAUUUUUUUUAAUUUUUAUUUUUAUAAACAAAAGGUUUAACAACAUGCGAAUGGACAUGAAAGCAAUUUGUCAGCUGUGUUAAAAUGAUUUAGCUGGUCCUUGCGUGGCAGAAAUUAAUUUUCUCUACCCCCACUAUUGUGUUUUUUUUUUGUAAACGCUGCCUACGUGUCGUUUGAUACGGCUGUGGCACUAGUGUCCCUGCUAGUCCAAUAGGUAAAUUUGUUGCAUAACGGGGUGGAUGAAACGGAUGAAAUAGUGACCCUAAGAUCAGCUAUUUCUUUUGAUGCUGUUGUAGUGAUUGCAGUUUGUGUCUUUGACUUACCUGUCAGCUACUAAAAGCAGAAAAUCAGGCUGGCCAAAUCUACCGCUCACUAUAUUAGUGGCAAGUCGUUUUAAAACCUAGAAAAGCGCUUAAACCCGUAUCGCCUUAUAAAUGAAUAUCUAUCAGCAACACUGUACAACAAAAGAAAAUCUGUGUCCUUUGCUUUGAGGGAGUGCUGGCACAUUAAUGUAAUAAUGCACAAUGCUAACAAGUAAUAAAGUUUUUGAGGACUAAUUGCUGCUUUUUUUUAACUUAAAACAGACAUGAAUACUUUUAAGACGUAAAGGGGAUAGGUGGGGGAAAGGCAGGAGGCAGUUGUUCAGAAGUUUGCUUUUGAUAAUGACUGUCGAGUUAUUACUAGCUCCAUGUGGUCUGUUUCUGGUCUG